CCCGGGUGGGCGGAGCCUCUGCUCUGCAUCAUAAGCCAUCAGCACAGCGGUUCUCAAAGAGACCUAAACCCUCCGGCCUGCUCCGCUACUUCUCCUGUUGCUACACAUCCUGUCCUCACUGGGAAGAAAGCAGCACUGGACUUGAGCUUAAUGGAAACAAAACGGAGAGGAGCUGCAACUGUAAAGAGCAAAAUGUCUAGAUGACAACAGCUAUGCUGACUUAGCUGAUCAAUUACUGGGUCGCUGACACUUCCUUCCCCCUGCUAUCACUGACUCCCCCAUCCCCGUCAAACCAUGUUGGUUAGGAGAAAGCUCUGGGUGGUUGCAGCAACUGCUGCAGUUCUGCUUCUUAUGCUCGCAAGCCAGAGCAUCCAGAUGAGACAUUUACUGCCUCUCAACAGCAGGACCGAAGCCUCUAACAGGGGGACGGUGGUUGAGCCAACGGUUGCCCCUGCUGUACAGACUCCUCCCCCUCCUCCUGGUACCAUCCGCUCUGAGAAGGAUGGAGAAGAAGUAGAAGAGGAGGAGGAGGAAGAGGAAGAAGAUGAGGAGGGGGAAGAAGAGGAAACGCCUGUAGAGGACUUUCAGUUCCCGAAGCCAUGCAGUUGCUCAGACUCCUGUGUUUCAGACCUCAGAGGGUCUGCAUGGUUCAGCAUGCGCUACGACCCCAACCAGGAACCUAUCCUACGUGCCAAGAACAACUUUGACCCUGAUGCACUCGCAUGGUGGCAGGGUCUUCAGCGGUCCGGAAAUGACCAGACUUUAGAGGAAGUGAUGGCAAAAAUGUUUCAGGUCGUUUCCCCACCCACUGUGGAAACCAAACCAGUCCCCACACGUUGCCGUAAAUGCGCAGUUGUCGGCAACUCUGGGAAUCUACGAAGGUCCGGUCAUGGCAAACUGAUCAACUCACACAGCUUUAUAAUUCGAAUGAACAAGGCAACGACUCGAGGGUUCGAGAACGAUGUUGGUAAUAGGACAACGCAUCACUUCCUGUACCCAGAGAGUGCUGUGGAUGUGGAUCAUGGAGUCAGCCUGGUCCUCCUACCAUUCAAGCUGAGGGAUCUGGAGUGGCUGACCAGCGCCUUGUCAACCGGCCAUAUCAAAAUGACUUACAUGAGGGUGAAAGACAGAGUGGUGGCUGAUAAAGACAAGGUUCUGGUGGUGAAUCCAGUCUUCUUUAAGUACGUCCACGAUCGUUGGACGGAGCUUCACGGUCGCUACCCGUCCACCGGCAUGCUGGCCAUCAUCUUCGCUCUACACACCUGUGACCAAGUGUCUGUGUUUGGUUAUGGUGCUGACAAGCAAGGGAACUGGCAUCACUACUGGGAGGAGAACCGCUACGCCGGAGCCUUCAGGAAGACCGGUGUCCAUAGUGCUGACUUUGAAACCGAGGUCAUCCGUACCCUCGCUAAGGAAGGAAAGAUCAAGCUCUACCUUUAACACUCGGCUUAAGACUGAAGGAUCUGGUAUUAAACAACCAAAUAUGAGCCGGAAAUGGGCUGCAAGUUUUGUUUUUCUUUUUCUUCAAUGGAGGGGUAUUUAGACAGCAAUCAAAGUGCGUCUUGAUUCCUCUAAUCACCACAUUUGCCUUCAGUAGCUUCCCUUCGGAUGCUAUUUUUCUUAUUUUCGGUCACCUGUGGUCACAGGUUAGAAAUUAACUGGUUUAACACAACAGACCCACUGGGCAGCAAUUGGAUAUAUUUAGAGAGUCCUGCUGCUUCAAAGUUCAACCUAAACAAUGAGCUUUUUAUUUUUUUAUUCCUUCACUGACUGUCCUGCUGUUGGUGACUGAUGGGACUGACCACGUUUUGCUCUGAAUAGGAAUCAACCACCAAGGUUUUUCAAUUUUUUUUAUUUUCAAAUGGAUUCUGUGGACACUAUAAGAGGGUAACUUUUUUAUUUUAAUUUGUUUUAUAUCUAAAGCACUUUGUAAUGAAGGGGAAAUGUUGGGGAAAAGCUCAAAUAAUUUUGUUUACCAACCAAACAGACAAAUUGAUUUUUUGGCAAUCCUGGUUAUGAUGUGUAAAAGCCAUGCAUUAAAAGGAGUCUUUAAUUAGA